AAUAAUCGAUUUUCUGCGGUCUGUCCGCGCUUGAUUGUUGAGUGUCGUGCCAGCCAAGUCCGGAGGUAUUGCGAUCCGGUGGUCCAUCCCCGAGAUGCUCCGUUUAGUCCGCCGAUCGUGAAGCGUCUGCUCGGCUGGAAGAAGGCCUCGUCCGAUGAUUCCGUCGAGGGCAAAUGGUGCGAGAAGGCGGUCAAAAGCCUCGUCAAGAAGCUGAAAAAGUCCGGCGCCCUGGAGGAGCUGGAGCGGGCCAUUACGACGCAGAACUGCAACACCAAGUGUGUUACGAUUCCCAGAGCCCGUCCCGCGAAUGGCGAAAAUGGAGUUGCGCUAAGGAAAGGUCUUCCGCACGUGAUCUAUUGCAGACUUUGGCGCUGGCCAGAUUUGCAGAGCCAAGCAGAGCUGAAGGCGCUCGACAUCUGCGAGUACGCGUUCCACCUGAAGAAGGACGAGGUGUGCAUCAACCCGUACCACUACACCAAGGUUGACUCGCAGUCCCAGCAGCCGCUGACCAUUUUGGUCCCGAAGAACCUAUCCACACCUCAGGGCGGCGAAAGUUCCGUCACCUACACCUUGGACGAUCUCAGCAAUACGGUGCCGGUCAACAUCCAGUACAACAAUGCCCUCAAUGAAAACUACGUAACCAGCCCACAGACACCGAACCCGCAGCAGCAGCUUCAGCAGACGUCCCUCACAGCCGCCGCCGCACCGUCAUACAUGGAGGCCACGCUGGGUCAGCAGAUCCCGACCAACACCACGAUUAUGGACUCGGUGAACGUCGGUGUCGGCCAGAUUCCCAACACAGAGACGCCACCGCCCGGUUACAUGUCGGAAGACGGCGAUCCGCUCGACCAAAAUGAUAAUAUGAGGAGUCUCUCGCCACCAAUGGACGCCCAGCCGGUGAUGUAUCACGAGCCCGCGUUCUGGUGUUCGAUCAGCUACUACGAGCUGAACUUGCGCGUCGGCGAAACGUUCCACGCGUCCCAGCCUUCGAUUACGGUGGACGGCUUCACGGAUCCGUCCAACUCGGAAAGAUUCUGCCUCGGGCUGCUGUCGAACGUGAACCGCAACGAGGUGGUCGAGCAGACGCGCCGCCACAUCGGCAAGGGCGUCCGGUUGUACUACAUCGGCGGCGAGGUGUUUGCCGAGUGUCUCAGCGACUCGAGCAUCUUCGUGCAGAGCCCCAACUGCAACCAGCGGUACGGCUGGCACCCGGCGACCGUGUGUAAGAUUCCACCUGGAUGUAAUCUAAAGAUUUUCAACAAUCAGGAAUUCGCAGCUUUACUGUCACAGUCCGUUUCGCAGGGCUUCGAAGCGGUCUACCAACUAACUAGAAUGUGUACAAUUAGGAUGUCCUUUGUCAAAGGAUGGGGCGCAGAGUACAGACGACAAACCGUUACCUCAACACCAUGCUGGAUUGAAUUGCAUUUAAACGGUCCGUUGCAGUGGCUGGACCGGGUUCUGACCCAGAUGGGCUCACCACGAUUGCCAUGUAGUUCUAUGUCAUAAGUGAGGGAGAGUGCGAGAUAGAGAGGGGCAGCUCUAAACUAACUACAACAAAAACUCAACAAAGCAGAGGGAAGCAUGGCUGCUGCUGAUACAAGAUGGGAAAACGCUAUCAAAAUAUCAAAAACAAACAAACAAACGUACUAUUAAGACAUGAUGCUGAGAACGCGGUACCAGUUUUCAUCAAGUUUGUUUUAAGUUGUCCAACAGAGAUGUUUCACUAUUAACCAUUGUUUUGCCUAACCUAGAGCUGUGGCGAUAAGCCAAGCUUCCUUCCUAAAAUCAUUAGCGACAGCUUGAGCUAGUCUCGAGUCAAUUUUGUACAGGUGACAAAGAUGAGUGCGUUUACUUAUUGACUAACUCUUAUGAUAAUCCUUUAUGUUUGUUGACCCACGAGCGUCUCUUCUUUUUUUUUUCUUUGUAAGUAGCAGUCUUUCUUAAUAAAAAUGUCCGUUUCGAAACAGUUGCUAAAAGCACUGUUAUGGAACAUUCAAAACCAAUCAAAUGUAGUUGCAUGAAACAUCAACAAGUUUUGUUACAAUACGAUACGUUUUAUAAUAAAGCAUUGUUACAAACACACACGUGUAUGCGAGGAAGAGAAUGAAAUUCGAAAUUUCCAAAUUUAAAAAUUGUCUUCACACGCACCUUACGUACUAUUUUGGCAAAAAAGAAAACCCAACACACACAAAAAGAGAACGGAAACAAAUGCAGUGAAACACUGAAGAAGCUAAUACAAUUGGUAAACGACUGGUGAUUUUAGGAUUCGUGAAAAGGAAACAAAAAAUAAAAUAACUCGAUUUUAUAGCGGAGAACAUUUCUUCGCAAAGAAAAAAAGCAAAACACAAAUGAAACACAACAAAAAGUAAACAACAUAAAAAAAGAGCAGCGUACUAUUUUCUGAGAAGGUUUAACGAGAUCGUUUUGAGAUGAUACGAUUAAGAUUAUAAGAGAGUAAACAAAAAAAUACACACGUAAAAGAGGAAAAUGAGACGACAAAAAAAGUGUAAUGAGAAAAGUAAAGCAUAUAAUAAUGUUUGUGAUUUUUAUCUUUUGUCUUUUUUGUUUUCUUUCCAAAAGAAAAAAAAAACUCAACUCGUUUGGGAAAUAAGUAAGACAAGAUUUAGUGGUUAGUUGCUUAAAAUACAUAUACAAAUGAGAGUA